AUGAGUGAACGAUCCGGGCACCUGCCCGAACUUGAUGAAUGGCCUGCCGCCAUUGGGAUCCUGGCCACUCUUGAUCUAUUGGAUCCCAAUGAUACACGCGAAGAGCCACAAACUGUGACUGACUAUAACACUCGCAAACAGUUGCCCUCUGAAAUUACCUCUGGUGGUGCUUCUCCUCUUAGGAAAUCAUCCUCUGAUUCUGCUUCAGGCCCCCGGGCUUCUAGUCAGGUUUCUUCUGAGGUUCCUUCUGAGAUCUCUACCUUCCCACCUUUGCCUCCCUUUACUUCAACCCCAUCCUCUAUUAUCUCUUCCCAUCAUCAAAGUUCUUCUUCUUCUUCCACUAUCCGUCCUCCUAAAACCUAUCUUGACUUGGCACCUGGGUACUAUUCCGGAUCUUUCGAACUUGUGCCCCAAGUCCAUCCUCCUCCUAGCCUUCGGCCCCAAUUCAUUCAGUAUCGCCCUGACAUCAUGUCUCAAAUCGACCGCAAUCCUGUGGGAUUUUCUGAUCAGUUCAACUCCGCGGACGUCGUCGUUUCCAACCCACGUCCAUCGAACGCUACCAACAUGGGUUGGCCCUUCGACCUGAGUGGGGUCCCCCACUCUGCGGAUUUCGAGAGUUUCGAGAAUGCCUCGAUUGAAGAACUCCUCCAACAGAGUACCAUUCCAUUCGGCAGUGUCGCCGAGAUGCGCCCACCUCCUCGUGAUGGCGUUCUGAUGAUUUCUAAUAUCCCGUUCACUGUGACUCGCCAGGAGGUGGUCUCGUUCCUUGGACACAGUGCUUCCCUGCUCCCAUCCACUCAUGGAUGCCCGAUCCAUAUUAUCAUGGAACGGUCUACUGGCAAGACCAUGGACUGCUAUAUUGAAUUUGCGACAAUGAAGGAUGCUCAAGCUACGGUCGAGCGACUCAAUCGUGUCUAUGAUGCUGGCAGCGCUCCCCGUAUGGGCAGCCGUCACGUUGACCUAGAGCUCAGCACUCCUGCCAAGUUGCUCAAGGCUACUUUUCCCCGGGCGAAGUGCAUUGCAUGGGAAGAUGGAAACCCUGUUCAGCUUGUCAACAAAGACAGUUGGUCCACUGGUUUUGAUGGCUUCCUCACCGACGAGGAAUUGUUUUGCCUCACUCGUCUCGCAGAACAACCUCACCGCAGCGCAUUUGCAAGCAAGGUUCCCCAGCGUUGUUACGAAUCGUUUAUCAGCACUAUCUGGAAGUUCCCAUGGCAUGCAACUCAUCUUUACACUGUGCACCACCGCUACGCUCUUUUCAAGACUCUUGUUGCUUUGAUCAAGGCUUUGGUGGAGCGUAUGCAGAGAACAAACACCGUCGGUUUGGAUAUCCGCCUUCUCAAUGAGUUGGUUCGUGCAGGAAUCAGUUGCCCUGCCUUCAACCCUCGCAUGAAGUAUUGUUUUGCUUGGUGGUCACAGGAUCAGAGAGGAAUUGAGUCAUUGGACCAUGACUGGUGUCUUUACUUCCCAUUUGACACUAUGACCUAUGUUCCUGGACACCCUUCUGCUGCUAGCCUGUUUUAUGCCUACAUCAUGUCUCACGGUUCUGUUCUACGUACCGAGAACGACGGUCUAAUCAACAAGCAUACUCAUCCUGAGAUCGAGCGAAUCUUUGGAAGGUUCUGGUUUGAGUGGGACGAAGAUGUUGCCCGUAAGAAGGUUUUCAAAGAUGCGAUUAUCUACGAAGCCAGUGUUCUUCGGAAGUUCAUCAUCACCGGAUUCCAGCAGCUUCACAGAAGACAAUCCAGCGUCUCGACCAUUGGAACUGCUCCAGGUUCGUCGCCAACCCAGAGUGUCGCCUCAAUUGACAGCCAGCGCACUAUUUCGGGAUCCCACAAUCCCUCGAUGAACACCGUUCCUACUUACCAGGAAAGCUCGACCGUUUCGGCCUCCAGCAACAUGGCUAGCAGCCUCCCUGAGCAUGGUAACACCCUGAAUGUCCCUGGUAACCCCCGUGGUAGCUUCCAGCGACUUAAUGCUGACCAAUAUCUGCCGGACACCGCUACCCACCGACCUCAAGCAUCGGCCGCUCCCUACCGUCCACCACACCAACGAUCUGCCGAUCCAACCAAGCCACGCAACCAGUCUGUUAGCUGGCGUCUGCCUCAAUCCCAGGAGGCCCAUGUGGCUGACUCAAAUCAGAGCCAGGAUGUGAUCCGGCCUGUGUACCGUGCUCCUCACCCGACUGCACAGAACGUUCGGUCAUCCUCUGACCCAUUCGGUCCGGUCCCUUCGAUUGCUCCCGCUGGCCACCGCUCCCGCUCCGACGCCGCCCGUCUGUCGAACAUCGAUCACCAGGCGAUUGAUGAGCUCCGAGCUACCGGUCGCGGUCCCCGAUCCGCAAAGAAGUAA